AUGACUCCUGACCCAUUUUGUAAUGUGAAUUUUGAGAGUGUAAUUCAUGCUUUGUGGAGUUGUCCUAAUGCCCAAAAAGUUAGGAAAAAAGUGUUGUUCAAGGAGGUUUUUACAAGGCUACACUUUUCCAACUAUGGGGAUUUGUUUGAAGUUGUCACUACGUAUCUUUCGAAGUAUGAAAUGCGCUUGUUUUUAUAUAUCUGCUGGAAUUUAUGGCAAAACAGAAAUAAAGUUGUUGUUGAAGGUCGUUCUUGUGCACAAGAAGUGAUUUUCAACAGAGCUCAUUACUUGGCUAAUGAAUAUGGAAGUCUUGUGAAGGGGGAACCUAAAUUAAUUAUAGAGAAACCAACCAAAUGGUCUCCUCCUCCUGUUGGUAAAUAUAAACUGAAUGUUUAUGCUGCUUUUAUUCCUGAAAUAGGUGUUGGUGGAAUUGGUGCUGUUGUUAGAAAUGACAAAGGGGAAGUGAUGGCGGCUAUGACCUUUCCUCUUGCCGUUGCCACCUCACCUAAACAUGCAGAGAUCAUGGCGCUUCACUUCGGGAUGAAAUUUGCUCGAGAUGCUAGCUUUUCUUCUUUUCUAAUUGAGUCUAAUUCACAAGGAGUGGUAAAUGAUAUAAAGAAGGAUGAGGAAGAGUCGUGGGCAUCAGAUGGGCAUCUUAUUGAUGAUAUUAAGAGGAGUCUGCAACACUUUGAAGAUGUUACUAUCUCUUUUAGUCCAAGAGGGUGCAAUCAAGUAGCUCAUUCUCUAGCAAGGCAUGCGUUUAAUUGUAAUACUAUGGUAACUUGGAUUGAAGAGGUUCCCCUCUAG